CAACUUGGAAAUGCAGUCAACCUCUUCACCUCCGCUGCCCAAAUGCCCUUACGCUCUCCCCCACCAUUCUCCUCACUUCUUCCACCCUCAUCCUCCCAAAAACCCUAACUCCCUCUCCUUCCCCCUAAACCCCAAAACCCACUUCACCUCCCACUGCUCCCUCUCCCUCUCCCACACCCACCACCCUUGCCGCACAGACCUCCCCAAAACCCACAAACCCACCCACGAUUCCGAUUCCGAUUCCGAUUCCGAAUCCGACCCAUAUCACUACGACACACUCUUCCUCCAAUUCAGCUCUUCCAACGACACCAGCACCAGCAACAACAAAGACCCGGAAAGCCCAUUAGGCCCGGAAAGCCCGUUUGAAGAUCAAACAGAUAAAGUUGACAGGGGAGUUUCGUCGAACAUGUGGUGGGCGGACUUGAAAGCCGCAUUGGGGCAGAGAUUGAACUUCGGGGCAAUACUGUUUUCGGCUAGAGUGCUCGCCAAGGACCAGCACUUGGCUCUGCCUCAUGUUUCGGUGCCGGAUAUACGGCACAUUGAUUGGGUUGAGCUUCACAGAAGAGGGUUCAAGGGCGUUGUGUUUGAUAAGGACAACACUCUCACUGUGCCUUACUCUUUGACGCUUUGGGGUCCUCUUGGGUCUUCUUUGGAGCAGUGUAAAUCGGUUUUCGGGCCUGAUAUUGCGGUCUUCAGUAACUCCGCUGGGCUGUAUGAAUAUGACCAUGAUGGUUCGAAAGCUAGGGAGCUUGAAGGUGCUAUUGGAAUUAAAGUCAUAAGGCAUAGGUUGAAGAAACCAGCUGGGACAGCUGAAGAGAUUGAGAAGCAUUUUGGUUGUAAGUCGUCACAUCUUAUAAUGGUGGGGGAUCGACCAUUGACUGAUAUUGUCUAUGGGAAUCAAAAUGGCUUUCUAACUAUCUUAACCGGACCUUUGAGUCUUGCUGAGGAGCCAUUCAUCGUUAGACAGGUGAGGAAACUAGAAACAGCCCUGGUGAAUAGUUGGUCUAGGACAGGGUUAAAACCCAUGAGUCAUAGGUUGUUGCCAGAUGGCAUGCAGUGUGUGAAACAUCCAUCACCCCUUUGCAAUUUCUGCAUCUUUUACAGCUCCUUCAUCAGUAUCAGCAGAGAGAGUAGAAGCAGAGGCUCUUCUUAAAUGGAGGGCCAGCCUAGACAACCCAAACCAAGCUCUUAUGUCUUCAUGGGUUGGAAAUAGUCCUUGCAACUGGACUGGUAUUGAUUGCAAUGAAUUCAGAAGCAUCACACACAUUAGCCUUUCUCGCACUGGUUUAAGAGAAUUUAGGCGUUUCUAGCAACAUGUUAUCAGGCUAUCUUCCUCAGGAAAUUUGCAAUGGUGGACUACUUGUAAAUUUCACAGCAAAUGACAAUUAUUUCAUUGG